GUUUUCUUUUUGUUUUGAGGCUUUUCUUACGUCAUAUUUAUCGCCCUCUUACGGCGGACGACAGCGUAACGUCCGGACCUGUGGAGAAAGCAUUUUUACAAUGUUUGGAACACCAGGAUCUAAGAGAUCUGCUGACUUUGGAUCGGAUUCGCCAUCCUCCUGGAACCCAGAUGGAACAUCCGCCAGUGACAGGAAGAAAAAACGCAAGAGUCGAUGGGCUCAGGAUAAUGACACUGACAAAACAAUCAUUCCAGGCAUGCCAACUGUUAUUCCUCAUGGAUUGUCAGAUGAUCAAGAAAAACAGUACCUGUUGCAUCUUCAGAUAGAGGAAGUUAGUCGUAGACUACGAACUGGAGACUUGGGCAUCCCUCCUAAUCCUGAAGAAAGGUCGCCAUCCCCUGAGCCUAUAUACAACAACGAGGGUAAGCGGUUGAACACCAGAGAGUACCGAACACGUAAAAACCUUGAGGAGGAGCGCCACCAGUUGGUACAGCAGGCCAUCUCCCUUAACUGUGAUUACAAACCUCCAGCAGAUUACAAGCCUCCCAUCGUGAGGGUGAACGAUAAGGUGAUGAUACCACAGGAUGAACACCCAGAGAUCAAUUUUGUGGGGCUCUUAAUUGGACCAAGAGGGAACACACUCAAAAAUCUUGAAAAAGAUACAGGAGCAAAAAUCAUCAUACGUGGCAAAGGUUCAGUAAAAGAAGGAAAAAUAGGUCGAAAGGAUGGACAGCCAUUGCCUGGGGAGGAUGAGCCUCUUCAUGCUUAUGUGACAGCCAACAAUCCAGAAAAUGUCAAGAAGGCUGUUGAAAAGAUCAAAGAAAUAAUUCAACAAGGUAUUGAGGUUCCUGAGGGCCAGAAUGACUUGCGGCGCCAACAGCUACGAGAAUUGGCCUUGUUAAAUGGGACUUUAAGGGAAAAUGAUGGCUUAGCAAAACUGAAGCAGUUACAGCAGGCUCAGACCAUCAUCACAAACACCAUUAUUUGUUCUCUGUGUGGAGGCACUGGUCAUAUUGCACAGGACUGCAAAUCAAAAAAACCUGGAGACUCUUUCAAAAAUUUUCCUCAGAAUGGAAACCCUGUGUCUCAAGCUGACAAAGCCAAAAUGGACAGUGAGUACAUGUCCUUGAUGGCAGAGUUAGGAGAGGGUCCACCCCCACCCAAAACACAGACACAUCCUACCCCGGCUGUACAGACAUACAGACCUUCAUUUAGUCAGCCCCCACCAAACCCCAUGGCAGUAAAUCCACCAUGGCAACAGCCAGCUCGACCCCCUCCACCUCAGGUGGUGUCCAAUAUAAGUCUGAGCUCACCUGUACAAUCAUCGCAGGUGCAAACCACAGCCCAGCCUCCAGUCAGUUACAAUAUUCAAGGUGUACAGCCCCCGAUGGGGAUUUCCACCAGCAUACAGCAACCUGUGGGCAUGCAGCAGCCUGGGCACAUGCACAUGCCAGCCCCUGUGGCACCCCCUUCUCAUUACUCGUCCGCGGGUGGACCUGUCCCACCCCCCUGGCAGUCAAACACGAUGACAUCUCAAAACAGUGCUGUGUCUUCUGCUGGUGGUGGUGUACCACCUCCAUCUUUGUUGUCGGCCCCACCCCCUCCUCCUCCAAGCAGCCAGCCUCCGUCAUCUUGGAUGCAGCAAGCACAAGGUGUACCUCCACCGCCUCCUAUAACAUCAGCGUCACCAUGGCAAGCUGCACCACCCCCUCCCAACAGCAUGCCGCCAUGGCAACAGCCCCCGCCAAUGCCAAGUGGUGUUGCCCCUCCUCCACCGCCCCCACCGGGCCAGCAAGGUUACAGCCCCAUGGCGGUUCCUCCACCCCCUCCUCCAGGGGCUUUUGACAUGAAUACCCUGGGUAUGCUUGGGGCACCGCCACCUCCUCCACCUACUUAAUGAUGGCUCCUAUUUAGCUUGAAAGUGCAACAUGACACUGUGAACAGUGCAUUAAUUUUAGGUCAGAGGGAAAUACUUGUGUACUUUUGGUGAUUAAUUUUAUGGACUAUUGAAUUGAUUGAAUACAUAAAAAUGUGUGAGCAUCAAUUUAUGUAUAUUUUAAUUGAGUACUGGAAAUGUGCGAACAUAAAUUUAGGCAUAUUUUAUCUUUGUUUACUACACAUGUACAUUUAUUAAAGUGCAUCAAUUUUUACAUCAUUCAUUUCAUUAUUGUUGAUGCACUCCAAGUCAUUUGUUUUCUCUCAUAGCUCAGUAAAUGCUAAAUGGCAAAUGAGUACGCAAUACGAUACAAAUUGAUUUUAGGUGCUCUGAAUUAUGUCCAAUGCACUUUAAAUAAAAUAUAUACUUUUAA